UGUGCAGCCAUUAUUACUCCGCGAUGGUGACUGCGGGAGGUUUCACGUAAACUUUAACACGCGACGAAACUUGGAUUUACGGACCUCACCUUUACGCCCAGGUGUCAAAGUACAGGUGUUUAUUUCUCGGCUCCUGCGUGUAAUCUCCUCUCCGGCGUAUCUUCAAUUGCUGUCCUUUACUUUUGUGCAGUAUUAGAUUAGUUUUUUUUGUUUUUUUAGCUGUGUUUGUGUUCAGAUGACGGCGCAGGUCGACUACCUGGUGGUGAUUUUCACCGCCACAUCUGGCGCGAGCGGAGAGUUACUGGGAUCUGACGAGAAGGAGCUAGUGCAGUUGGUUUGGCAGCUGGUGGAUGUAAAGAACAAAAAGUUGGGCAAGGUGAAUGAGCUUCUCAUUAAGCCGGACCUCUCAGACUUGACAGAGGAAAAAGAGGAGGAGGAUGUGGUGGAGGAGAGCGUGGAAGAGGACAAUAGAUCCGGAGCAGAUAAUGUCUUUACAGCCACAAGUCUAGAGACAGCAUUAAACCUGUUUCAUCUACAACUGACAAACGAGGUGAACAGCACGGGCGCAGGCACGUCUAUGUGUUUGUGUACAGACGGGCAGCUCCACAUCCGUCAAGUGAUUCACCCUGAGGCUGCGAGCAAGAACAUCCUGGUCCCAGACUGUUUCUACUCAUUCUUUGACCUUCGGAAAGAGUUCAAGAAGCACUUCCCCACAUCUGACCUCAAGGCUUUGAAUGUACACAUCAUGGCAGAGUCUCUUAGUAUACCUGUUGAUGUGCCCGCCAUGUGGGACCCCUCAGUCACCCUGGAUCCAUCAGCCAUAUUGCCUGCAGAAAUAGCAGUACAGCAGACCCAGAUUAUGGGCAGUAUUGUCCUUGCCCUGCUUUCUGAGCCAUUUUGCCACACAUUUUCUACACAGGAGAGAGUUAGUGAGAAGUUCGAGUCUGGCACUUGCAGUAAGAUGGAGAAAGUGUGUGACAACACAGUGAUCAGAGCCAGAGGGUUGCCAUGGCAGUCUUCUGACCAGGACAUUGCUCGAUUCUUCAGAGGACUCAACAUUGCUAAAGGAGGAGCUGCAUUGUGUCUUAAUGCUCAGGGGAGGAGGAACGGAGAAGCUCUUGUUCGUUUUGUCAGUGAAGAUCACAGAGACCUGGCGCUGCAGAGACACAAACACCACAUGGGCAACAGAUACAUAGAGGUUUACAAAGCAACAGGAGAGGACUUCCUGAAGAUAGCAGGAGGUACCUCCAAUGAGGUAGCAAUGUUCCUGUCCCGAGAGGACCAGAUCAUAGUGAGGAUGCGAGGUCUUCCUUUCAUAGCCACACAUGAGCAGGUGCUCAACUUCUUUUCCCCGGAGGAUGGUCUUAAAGACAUGUGUCCGGUCAGCGGAGGGAAGGAUGGCAUCCUAUUUGUUCGCUAUCCAGACGGACGUCCCACUGGCGAUGCCUUUGUUUUAUUUGCCUGUGAGGAACACGCCCAGUGUGCUCUGAGGAAACACAAGGAAAUCCUGGGGAGAAGAUAUAUUGAGUUGUUCAAAAGUACAGCAGCAGAGGUCCAACAGGUGUUAAACCGGUACUCAUCAGCCCCUCUGAUCCCCGUGGCCCCUGCCCCCUUGGUGUCAAUGCUGCCCACAGUGUCACUCCUGCCCUCUCCUGGUGGUGUGAGGGACUGCCUGAGGCUGAGGGGGCUGCCGUACACAGCGAGCAUAGAGGACAUCCUCACCUUCCUGGGCGAGUUUACACACGAUAUCAGACCACAUGGCGUGCACAUGGUCCUCAACCAGCAGGGUCGUCCAUCAGGUGACUGCUUCAUCCAGAUGACCUCAGCAGAACGAGCUAUCCAGGCCUCACAGCGGCUCCACAAGCAUGUCAUGUCCAGCCAGCGUGGGGCCAACAGCCGCUACGUGGAGGUGUUCUCCUGCAGCGCAGAGGAGAUGGGCCUGGUGCUGAUGGGAGGCUCGCUCUCACACACACAUACACACACACACACCCGGAACAGGAGUGGGACAGGGCUCAGCCCGCCGCCAUGUAAGUCAAGACGUUUAUCUCCAUCAGCCUACUCCUUCGCCCCCGCUCCACCUGUCAUGUCUACAGAGGCUGCUGCCCUCUACCCUCCCAUGGGUCAGAUGUUGCUGGCCCCACGCCACCUGCCACCAGGACAUGCCUACUACCCCGCCUCAGCUCAGCUAUACAUGAACUACGCUGCUUACUACCCUAGUCCACCUGGCUCACCUACCACCGUAGGUUUCUUCCCCUCCCCUUCUUCUCUCUCCUCGCUCGCCUCCCCAGGGGGGUUGAUUCGCAUGCCAGGUCUGACCUACAGCAGCAAUGGAGUCAAAGACCUCAUUAAUGCAGUGCAGGCAUACCAGUAUGCCCCCGAGGAUGCUCUCAUGCACACCCAUGGGCCUGUGCACGCUCACGACCCGACCGGGACAUUGCUUACGCAGCCCAAAGAAUGGGUGUGUAUUUAAGGUGUCUGAGGCAGAGUCCCGCGGAGUCCGUGUCUCUCCUGAGCAGCAGUCUGAUUGGUCAGUCAAGCAGCGGUGAUGCUCCUCUCAUGUCCCUCCCCGCUCUCAUGACAAAGCCGGCGGGGCAGUACCUGGACCUGACCCUGCUGUAGGGUCACAGAUAUACAAAGGCCAUGUAUAUGUCAUGUAAUGUAUUGUUAGGUUUUUAAAAAUAGUCUUUUAGAUUUGUUAUUUAUAUCUUUAAGAACAGAAAUUUAUGUAUUUUAUACCAAAAUCAUUGUGGCCUUAGCCAGAAAUAGCAGUUUUUGUCUUAUAUUGCACAGUGUGUAUUUCAAAAGCUUUAUAGAGAUUUUUUUAACAUGUUAUGAUAUUAUAAUCACGAUGAUAUAUUUGCUAGCCAAACUAGAGAAGAAUGACCAAGUAGCAACCAAGCUAAAUUUUUUCGUAAGCUUUUCUGUGAAGAGUGAAAGUGUGUGAGUGUGUUUUAGUGUGAAAGAGAUGAAAAAUGAGUAGUUUGCAUGGCUGUGUUGAUAUGUCUCAAUACUCAAUCUGUUUAUGCAAUGCAUUUGUAAGUUUGUUAUGUUUAUAUACAUUUGAUACAGUACACAGUGAUUGUAUUGGAAGCUUUAGUGCAUGAAGAAGUUAGUAGUACAACUUUAAGAUGUUUACAUAAUGCCAAAUAUCAAUGCACUGCUAAUCAAUAUGACUACAAAUGAAUAAUAAUAGCAGUAUCUUGAAUAAUAACAUGUUACACUGUGAGUUUGUCAAAUAGUCUGAUUCUUGCAUCAGGCUUCACUUACAAAAGUAUCUCACACAAAUCUCACACUCAUUAGCCCCAUUAGCCUUACCUUCAUAUGUACCCUAUAUGGAUCUGUUUCCAUGUUGUGUAAUGUCAAUGUUGUCUUGCCCUUUGUUUUGGACUCAAAUUUGAACAGGACAGUCCCAAUUCUCUGUAACCUAACCACAGAGUUGCAUUCUUCAAGAGGACCUACAGUAUGUGACAAGCUCUUUUACUGAGUGAAUCUCAGGAGCCAGAGGUGGUUUCUGACAAAAUUUUAUUACGUAUUUUACUCAGAUACAACCACAGAGAUUAUCAGUCCAUCACACUUUCCUUGUCUUCUUUCCACCAUCCACGCUGAUGUCAGGGGAAGCAAUGCAGAAAAUGUGUUUUACCUUUCGUAAUUUCUCUUUUUAACUAAAUCAUUUGGAGAGUGGAUGGAAAGUUGAGAAGGAAAGGAAAUGAAUCUUGUGAAUUUAAUUGUGCCCUGCAAAGUUGCUGUUUGAGCUUUAUGUUGCUGCACACACUUCCUACAGUGGGACUCUAAACUCCUGCUCAGGACGUCCUGCUGUGGCAAUGCUGAAACAACAAUAAACAUAACGUGAAGUCU